AUGAAGAAGAAGCAGAAGCAAAAACAGCAGCAGCAGAGGCUAAGAGAGGCGCCAAGAAACGCGGCCGACUUUAGCGCAUUCGACUUUAAUGACAGCUCCGAUAAUUCCGAUACGCCUUUAGUGCCACGCGCGCCAUUCCUCAGUCGCGCUGCAGCUGCUGCAGCGGCGGCAGCAGCAGCCGCAUUGAGCGCCAGCAGCGGCAGCAACAGCAGCAGCAGCGCCAAUGUCGGCAACAACAAUGCUAACAGCAGCAGCAACAACAACAACAACAACAAUGGCAACUCGCUGAGCAACAACAGUUUGCACAGCAGCAGCCAGCACAACAACAACAACAAUAACAACAACAACAAUAACAGCAGCAGAAGUAGCAGCAGCAGCUCGCAUAGCAGCGACGACAGCAACAGCAGCGCAGCAGCGGCUCAAGCAGCGGCUGCAGCUGCAGCCACGGCGGUUGUGGCUGCAGCGGUAAGCGCAUUGCACAAUGGCAAACAACAGCAGCAGCAGCAGCAGCAGCAGCAGCAGCAGCAACAGCAGCAUCAAGAUCAACAUCAUUACAAUAACAACAAUAACAACAACAACAACAACAACAACAACAAUGGCAACAACAAGGGCGAAAUUGAUGAGGAGGAGGAGGAGGAGCAGCUGGAAGAGGACGACGACGACUAUGACGAUGAAGACGACGAAGAUGAGGAUGAUGAACAACAACAACAACAACAACAGCAACAACAUGACAAUGUGCACGCCCUGGUGGCAGCGCCGCCCGCACUGCCCGCCGAUUUGCGGCACGGAAUUAGCUCGCACGAUCACAGCCAGGAGCCGGCGGACUACGAUGACGAGGAUGAGGACGAGGACGACGAUGACGAGGAUGAGGAUGCGGCCAGCAGCCAUCUGGACAGCCGCACGGCGCUGACAGCGACGCAUCUGAGCAGCAGCGCCGCCGCCGAGAGCAGCGGCUUGCACAUGAGCGCAGUUGCCGCGGCCGCGGCAGCAGCAGCAGCUGCCGCAGCAGCAGCAGCGGCUGCCAAGCUGAAUGCAGCAAAUGUGUCAGCCGCACAACUGGAGCAUCACAGCCAGAAUGCCAGCUCGGUCCUGGACAUGGUCAGCAAUGUUGGCGGCAGCAUUGGCCUUGGCAUUGGCGGCGGCAGCAACAGCAUCGCUGCGCCGAGCAGCCUCAUCGGCGGCAACAGCAACACCAGCUUUUCAACGAACAACAACAGCAGCCAUGCGCUCAGCUCGAACCUGGGCAGCGGCAUCAACUGUGGCAGCGGCGAGCAGCAGCCCUCGCGCCACAGCAGCAGCUCGCACCAGCAGCACCAGCAGCAGCAGCAACACCAACAUCAGCAACAUCAGCAACAGCAGCAGCAACAUCACGGCAGCGGCAGCGGCAGUGGCAGCGCAGCCAGCGAACGACGCAAAUAUCGCCACCAGAACUACAGCAAGAACAUCUACAUUGGCACCAAGAACGCCGAGAAAUGGGAGCACAUGCGCACCCGGCUGCAGUUCAAGAAUGACGUCGAGUUCGUCGCCUACCUCCUGAAUCUGGCCGAUAACGACACGGAUCGGCUUAACAACCUGCCGCCGCCAUCGCCGGCACACACGCCCACCAAGGGAUUCGAUGGAAACUUCAAGCUGGAGCCGAAUCUGAGCGUGAAAGACUUUGCCCCGCCGCCGGAGAAUGGCAACGGAAAUGGCAAUGGCAGCCUCGAGUCCGGCGGCCCGUCCGUUGCCAUGGCCACGCCCACGCCGACGCAGCGCAAGCGCUACAAGAAGCGCGUGCAGUUCACCACCGACGCCCUCAAUGGCUAUGCGGGCUCCAAGGCCAAGGGUGGCGCUGGCGCUGGCAUUGCGGCUGCUGGCUCAAAGAAGCAGGAGGCCAAAGCGGCUGCGGCUGCCCUGAAGGCAGGCGCAGCGGCAGCGGCAGCUGCAGCAGCAGCGGCAGCAGCCUCGUCGGCACUGCCCGAGGUGCUCGACUGUCGCAUCGCGGAAAAGAUCAAGAGCGAACUGGAGGCCUGUAGCAAGGAGUCCCUGCCAAGUGCACUGUGUCUCAAAAAGGCUGCUGCAGCUGCCGCAGCCGCUGCAGCGGCAGCGCGUCACAGUGACGACGACGAGGAUGAAGAGGACGACCAUCAUCAGCAACAGCAACAGCACCAGCACCAGCAGCUGGCGGCGCCGACAGCAACGGGCGCAGCUCACAUCUCCACGGCACCGGCCACGCUGGUGGGCACUGGCUGCGGCGGAGCGGACAUGGUGGAUGCCAGCAGUGCCAGCAACGGUCAGCUGGGCAACUUCCAUGUGCGUUCCAAGAGCCAGGCGGGCAGCAAGAAGUCGCAGUCCGCGAAAGCAGCCGCUGCGGCAGCUGCUGCAGCGGCGGCAGCAGCAGCAGCUGCAGCGGCGGCCAUGAUGCCGCCGAACAGCUAUGAUGAGCCGGAAGAUGAUUCGGCUGUUGGGCCGGGCGAUGAUGAUGACGAGGACGAUGAGGAACUGGACGAGGAGGCGUUGGCGCGUGAGAUGAAAAUGGAGCAGAACUUUGUGGAGGAGGAGGAUGAGCAUGAUAUUGCGUUCCGGUCGCAGCAGUCCUGCCGCGAGUGCUCCAUCUCGCAUGACCACAAGCUGUGCCCGCUGCGCAAUGCCUGCGGUAAUGUAACGGACGCAGUGGAUCUGGCUGAGUGGAUCGAGCGCCGCAAUCUGGAGGCUUUGGCUAAGCUAAAGGCGGACGCACAGCGCCAGGCCAAGGUGGGCAGGCCGCGUCACGAUGACGAUGAGGACGACAUGGAGGACAUGGACAUGGACGAGUCAUCGCAAUUGUCCGAGCUGGAGACCAAGCCGCUCAUUACCUUCGCCGAGGCCUCGGUGCCCGCCGAAUUCGAGCUGCACAACGUGGAGCCCAAUGUCACCGGCGUCUUUGCCCGCACCGAGGUCCGUGCCUACACCAAACUGGGCCCACUCAUCGGCCAGCCGGUGCAGAGCGGCGAGGUGCGCGAGGGCAGCGACAUGAAGUGGAUAUUCGAGAUGUGCGAGGCCGGCGCCGAUAAAUCCUAUCUGCUAUGCUGCGAUAAUCCCAACGCAUCCAACUGGCUGCGCUUCAUCCGGCCCGCGCCCAGCUACGAGGAGCGCAAUGUCAAUCUCGUUUCCAUCGAUCGCCAGGCCUACUUUGUCAGCUGUCGCGAUCUCCGCAACGGCAUGGAGCUGCUCUACUGGAGUGAUGACUGCAACACCAUGUGGCGCAAGAAGCACACAGAGAAGACAAACUGCGGCGGCUGCAAUUUGAAGUUUGAGCAUCCGCUUUACUACCGCACGCACUGUUCAGUUUUUCACGAUCCAUCGAUGAGCCUAACCAUACGGAAGUACCACUGCAAGGUGUGCGGCGAGGCGGUUCUGGGCAAGGACAACAUCAUGAAGCAUGCGGCCGAGAAGCACGACGGCAAGGGCGCCUAUCAGUGCCAGUUCUGCAACAAGUUUUUCCUACGCCUCAACUAUUUGGAGAUGCAUCGCACCUACGGUUGUGCCUCGAACCCGAACCGAUCGCGGCCGGUCUGCGAUUUCUGUGGUCGCAAAUUCUGUCAGCCGCAAAAGCUGAAGGCGCACAUUAAGCGCGUCCACAGUGAUAUGGCUGAAGUUUUACGAGAUUUUCAGUGUAAAUUAUGUUCAAAACUUCUAGGAUCGCGUGCGGCAUUGCAGCGCCACUCGAAGGAGGUGCACAGCCGCAACUCAACUGUGGUCAGUUGUCCGCGCUGCCAGAAACUCUUCCAGAAUCGCAGCAAUCUUAAGAUCCACAUGCUCACGCAUUCGGGCGUGCGUCCCUUCAAGUGCGCGGAACCAGAGUGCAAUGCCGCCUUCACCACGAAGCAGUGCCUACAGUUCCAUUACAAGAAGGUGCACAACUAUACCCAGGAGCAGAUGCCGAAGAUUGAGCGCAGCGUGGCCUACACUUUCGAUGCCUACUCGGGCGGCAUGAAGGUGGACUUUUUGGAGCAAGCACCGCGUCGGCGACGCAAGAGCCUCGAGGAUCAGAACCAGAACUCGAUGCUCAGCAGCUCGAUGCAAAGCGACACCGAGUACAGCGACGACAAUAUAUUCGAGGCCAUUAAGAAGAGCGGCAAAUCCAUCAAGGAUCUGUGCCGCAACGAGCCGAAUCUCUCGCUGCUCAGCUCCAAGAUCUCCAGCAUAUUUGGCGAGAAGGUGCCACCUGUGCAACAGGUCUCGGGCCAGGUAAGCGCCGUUGUCGCCGCCACCGCAGCUGGCACUGGACGCAAGCGCAAGCGGAAGAAGGAACCGGCGAUACCAUCCCUCGCCGCCCAGCAGCAGCAGCAGCAGCAGCAACAGCACCAACAGCAACAGCUGCAGCAGCAGCAGCAACAUGCUCAGCAGUGCCACCAGCAGCAGCAGCAGCAGCAGCAGCAACAGCAGCAGCAGCAGCUCCACGGCGGACAUCUGGAUCAGUCGCCCUCGCAUCUGUCCCAUCAGCAGCACCAGCAGCAGCCGCAGUAUCAUGCGCACAGCCACGCCCACGCUCAUGUGCAUGCACACGCCCACCAGCAGCAGCAGCAGCAACAACAACAACAACAGCAGGCGGCCGCGCACCACCAGCAGCAGCUGCACGAUGCCGACGAGGAGGAGGAGAGCGUGCGUCUGGAACAGGUGCGUCGCAAGCAGAACGCCCAGCUCAGCCUGGUCGAGUCGUUCCUGACCACCACGGCACAACGCCUCAGCGCCCAGCAACAGGUGCAGCAAGUGGUCGCAGCCGCGGCCGCUGUCUCGGCAAUGGCCGGCGCUGGCGAGGAUCCCGCCAAGCUGGGGCACAUGAUGGGCCACAUGGGCGGCGUGGGCGUUGGCCUGGACGAUGAUGACGAUGACGACGAGGACGAUGAGGAUGCCACAACGCACCACCUGCAUCACCAGCAGCAACAGCACCAGCAGCAACAGCAUCAGCAGCACCACUCGCACCAAGCGCAUCCACAUCAUGCACACACGCACCCCCACCAGCACGGACAGCAGGCGGCGCAGCAGCCGCACGAUGCCGGCUAUCGGCAUGCGGCCGCCAUGAACGCCGCCCUGGGCCAGAACCUGGUCGUCAGCAAGGGCAGCAAGAAGUGGAUCGGCGCCGACGAUCGCCAUCUAAGCGAUGGCGGCGACGUGGCCAAUGAUGCAGCAGUCGGCGGUGCGGGCAGCGGCGGCGGCGGCGGUGGUGUCGUUGUCGGAUGCGGUCAGCUGUCAGGUGGUGGCAGUGCUGGUCAGGACCUCGGCUUCGCAGUGCCACCCAGCGCCGUGGACGAGCACAGCAAGCUGCUGGGCCAGAACCGCGACUUCCUGGCACGGCUCAUGAGCAGCGCCAGCGCCAGCCAUGCCAGCCAUCAGCAUCAGCACAGCGCGCACAGUCGCGAGGAGGACGAGAACAGCUCCUUCCUGGAUGUCGUCGAGUCCAAUAACAAUGCGGCCGCCGCUGCAGCCGCCGCCGCCGCGGCCAUGUCCCAAUACCAUCACAGUGCGGCAACCAAUGGCGGUGCGGGCGCUGCUGGCGGCGCCGGUGGUGGCGGUGGCGGAGGCGGCGGUGCUGGCGGGCACACGCCCACCGGCCAUACGCCCACAGCGCCCAGCAGCGUGGAGCCGCCGCAAAUGCAAAUGAACUCGCUCAGCCACUCGCAGUCAUUCAUGAGCUCCUUCUACAACAACGCCAACGCAAGACUGAGCGGCGCCGGCGCUGGCGUUGGCGUUGGCGUCGGUGUCGGCGCCAACUCCUCUUCGGCCAGCAUGCUGGUGGAGGCGGCCCUCAACUCCGUUGGCAAUAUGAUUGACAGCGAGAGCAGCGAUCUUAAGGUACCCACCGAGAACCACAUAAAUAGCGAUAGUCCGAUGAGUGCGCACGUGGAUGCGGAGGCGCAACGCUUUGGCAGUGGCGGCGGCGGCGGUGGCAGUGGGCCGAACGGCGCAGGCAUUGGGGCGACCAUGGACAACCUGGAGAAUGAGCUGAAGAUGAUGAAGAACCUGGGCAGCUUUCCCAUGCAGAUACCGCCACUGCCUAUGUUCCAGGGCGCUUGCAACAUAUCGCCGAGCGCCUCGACGCCCACCAAUCCGCAGAGUAAUCAGAAUCAGAACGAUGUGGAUGUGGAUGCCGGCAGCACGCCGCGGCCGCAGCAUCCGGACUCUGAUGGUUUCUCGUCGUCGCAACAUCGCACACCGCCCUCGCCGCCGCCCAUAUCGCCGGGACGCGACUACGGCGGCAUGUUUGGCGCCGGCAAUGGUGCUGGCGGGCCCGGCUCGAACAGCACGCCAGCGGGCAGCUCCAGCGGCGGCGGUGCCCCAACGGUGGGCAACAAUUUGUCCGCAUCGUCGCCGCUGCCGGCGCUGCAGCCGCAGCGGCGCAACGCCUCCAGCGUGGGCAGCACAUAUCCCGAGCAUGAGCUCAUCUCGCCGGCCUCCUCGCCGAGCAUACCCCGCUACAACUUCAACGGCGACAUGAUGCGCCACAAGCGCGCCGUCCAGGAGCAGGAGCAGCAGGAGCGACGACACAACAUCUCGCGACACAAUCACAUGUCCAGCGACGAGGAGAACAGCAUCAUGCCACAGAACAGCGCCGGACAGGAUAUGCGCAUGAAGUUCCCGCAAUCGCAGAUCGAUCUCAUGUACUCCAAGUACGAGAGCAUGGCCAGCAAUCUGAAGUACAACAGCCAGGAGCUGGACUCCCCGGUCGAGUACCGGCAGAGCAGCAACAGCAAUGCGGCAAGCGCUGCAGCCGCUGCCGCCGCGGCAGCCAGCGCCGCCAAUGACAUGUCCGAUCUGCAGGGACUGGACAUGAGCUCGCGGUCGAAUGCCUCGAGCAAUUACCAUCAUAACUUCCAGCUGCCAAGCAGUCGUUACCAUCACCACAUCUACGAUAUAUUGUCCGAUCGAGAACAGAACCAGCAGGCGCAGGCGCAGCAGCAGACCCCAGCCUCGGUGGUGCAUCAGCAGGAGCAUGGCAGCCAUGGCGGUCACAGCAGCCAGCUGGCCAUGCAGCAGCACCAGUCGGCGGCGAUGCACAACAUGCUGAGCGAGCAGCUGGGCGAGCAGGAGCACGAUCAGACCACAUCGGUGGACCUGAGCCGUACCGCCAACUAUGUGGUGUCAUCUCCGCCGCAGCUGCCCUACAAUCAUCCGCACCACGAUAUGCUGCGCAUGGCCUCGCUGGAUCUGACACCAAAUACGGCUAAUAUGGCCGUCGGCAACAAUCGAUCGUUUCUGUCCUCGCAGAUGCAGCACCAGAGCCGCGAGAGUCUCGAGCAUCAUCGGCUGCUAUCGACGGUCGAGCAGCAUCGCAUACUGGCCGCCUCGAAUGCGGCAGCGGAUCAGCAUCGGCUGCUGGUCGAUCCCACCGCCCAUUUGCUGAUGGAGCAAAACAAUCGGCUACUGGGCACCGCGGAUCAGUCCCGUCUCCUCGGCGAAUCGGCGGCGGCAGCUGCCCAGAAUCGUCACAUGGCCAGAAGCUUUGGUGCCUACCAUCAGGUGGCAUCGAGCAAUUAUCAUCCGGGCGUACGGCCACCGCCGGUGCUGCCAUCGGCCAACCAUCAUGCUUCCAAUCCGUCGAAUUAUCAUCCAUUUCCCGCCUACUACUAG